GGGUGCAUUGCCGCCGCCGCGGGCGUGCUGGCUGGCGGGCGGCGGGCCCGCAGUGGCGCGGUGUCCCGGCUGCGCGACGGGCCGAGCGCUAUGGCCGCCUCUUUGGGCCCGGCCGGCGUCGGCGGCGCCGGCCCGUCGGGCUUCGCCUUCGACUCGGGACUCGAGAUCAAAACUCGCUCGGUGGAGCAGACGCUGCUCCCGCUGGUCUCUCAGAUCACCACGCUUAUUAAUCAUAAAGAUAAUACCAAAAAGUCUGAUAAAACUCUGCAAGCAAUUCAGCGUGUAGGACAAGCCGUCAACUUGGCAGUUGGAAGAUUUGUUAAAGUAGGGGAAGCUAUAGCCAAUGAAAACUGGGACUUGAAAGAAGAAAUAACUAUUGCCUGUAUUGAAGCUAAACAAGCAGGAGAAACAAUUGCAGCACUUACAGAUAUCAGCAGCUUGAAUCACCCAGAAUCUGAUGGCCAGAUCACAAUUUUUACGGAUAAAACAGGCGUUAUAAAGGCUGCAAGAUUACUUCUUUCUUCAGUGACAAAAGUGUUGUUGCUGGCAGACCGAGUAGUCAUUAAGCAGAUAAUAACAUCAAGAAAUAAGGUUCUUGCAACUAUGGAAAGACUGGAGAAAGUGAAUAGCUUUCAAGAGUUUGUCCAAAUAUUCAGUCAAUUUGGAAAUGAAAUGGUGGAGUUUGCACAUCUAACUGGUGAUAGACAAAAUGAUCUGAAAGAUGAGAAGAAAAAGGCAAAAAUGGCAGCAGCAAGGGCAGUUCUUGAAAAGUGUACAAUGAUGCUUCUCACAGCCUCAAAGACCUGUCUCAGGCAUCCCAACUGCGAAUCAGCGCAUAAAAACAAAGAAGGAGUAUUUGACCGAAUGAAGGUGGCAUUAGAUAAGGUGAUUGAAAUCGUGACUGACUGCAAACCAAGUGGAGAGACUGACAUGUCAUCUGUCAGUAUUUUUACUGGAAUUAAAGAAUUCAAGAUGAACAUUGAAGCUCUUCGGGAGAAUCUUUAUUUUCAGUCAAAAGAGAAUCUUUCUGCGACUUUGGAAGUCAUCUUGGAGCGCACAGAGGACUUUACUGAUUCUGCCUACACCAGCCAUGAGCACAGGGAGCGCAUCUUGGAACUGUCCACUCAGGCGAGGCUGGAACUGCGGCAGUUGAUUUCUGUGUGGAUUCAAAGUCAAAGCAAGAAAACAAAAAGUAUUGCUGAAGAGCUAGAACUCUCUGUAUUGAAAAUCAGCCACAGUCUCAAUGAACUUAAGAAAGAACUUCACAGUACAGCAACUCAGCUGGCAGCAGAUCUGUUAAAAUACCAUGCUGAUCAUGUGGUUCUAAAAGCAUUAAAACUUACUGGAGUAGAAGGAAAUUUAGAAGGUUUGGCUGAAUAUGCCUGUAAACUCUCUGAACAGAAAGAGCAGCUUGUUGAGGCCUGUCGAUUGUUGCGUCAUAUAUCUGGGACAGAACCUCUUGAAAUAACCUGUGUACACGCAGAGGAGACAUUUCAGGUGACUGGCCAACAGAUAAUUUCUGCUGCUGAAACAUUGACAUUGCAUCCGUCUAGUAAAAUUGCUAAAGAAAACCUAGAUGUCUUUUGUGAAGCGUGGGAAUCCCAAAUUAGUGACAUAUCAACACUGCUAAGAGAAAUCAAUGAUGUUUUCGAAGGAAGACGAGGAGAGAAGUAUGGCUACCUUUCACUUCCAAGGCCAAUGAAGAAUAAUGCAAACCUGAAAUCAUUAAAGGCAGACAAGCCUGACUCUGAGGAGCAAGCCAAGAUAGCAAAGCUUGGACUUAAGCUGGGUUUGCUUACCUCUGAUGCCAACUGUGAGAUCAAGAAAUGGGAGGAUCAGGAAAAUGAGAUUGUUCGAAAUGGGCGGAACAUGUCCAGUAUGGCCUAUUCUCUAUAUUUAUUUACUAGAGGAGAGGGGCCACUGAAAACUUCCCAGGAUUUAAUUCAUCAACUAGAGGUUUUUGCUGAAGAGGGCUUAAAGCUUGCUUCAAACAUACAAGUUUUCUCAAAACAGCUGAAAGAUGAUGACAAGCUUAUGCUUCUCCUGGAAAUAAACAAACUAAGUCCUUUAUGCCACCAGCUCCAGACAAUAACUAAGACACCUUUGCAAAAUCAAGUGUUUCUAAAGGUUGAUAAGUGUAUUACGAAGACAAGAUCCAUGAUGGCUAUUUUGGUCCAACUUCUCUCGCUUUGCUAUAAACUGCUGAAGAAGCUUCAGAUGGAAAACAACAGAUGGGUCUCAGUUACCAAUAAAGACUCCAUGGAUGGUAAAACUUGAGAAGCUUUUGGGGGCAGAUCUCUGGAACUGCAUGUGGCAAAGCUGAUAUUUUAAAAAAGCAAAUGAUCCUUUUUAUUUUCAGAAAUUCAACGAUUUUAUAAAGAAAACAGUGAUGAAAUCUUGCUUUAUUUUCUGAUCAUGAAAAUUAUUGUGGAGCUUUUGACAACUAAUAAAUGCCAUGGUAGUUUCUAGA